ACAAAAAUGGAUCGUGUCAUGGCUUUCCAUGUCUUUGCUUUCAGUUUAUUCACGGUGAUCGUUUUGCUCUUUCACCCGGCAAAGUGUGAUGAUGAGUAUAAUUAUGAUCUUUCAAGCAAGAAAGGGCCACUUAACUGGGGAAAUAUUAAAGAAGAAUGGUUUUUGUGUAAAAAUGGAACAAGGCAAUCCCCUAUCAACCUGCAGGGAAACAGGGUGAAUGUGGUGUUCAAUUCUUCAGGGAUUCAAAGAAACUAUCAACCCGCCAACGCCAACCUUAUUAGUACGGACCAUGACGUAAUGGUAAAUUGGACUGAGAACGCAGGAUAUAUUAUAAUUAACGGAACACAAUACCAACUCAUACAGUGUCAUUGGCAUUCUCCCUCUGAACACACAAUUAAUGGCAUAAGGUAUGAUCUAGAGUUACAUUUGGUGCAUAUAAGUUCAAAUGAAAACAUUGCAGUGAUUGGACUUCUUUAUGAGACUGGGAACCAAGAUCAGUUCAUAUCAACGAUAGAAGAUGAUUUAAGAUUGAUGGCUGCAAACAUAACCAAUAUAACACAACUAGGUGUGGUUGACCCAGAGCAGAUAGCAGGGAUAACAGGCGACAAAUAUUUUAGAUAUAAUGGUUCUCUUACAGUUCCUCCAUGCCAUGAAAAUGUUACAUGGACCGUUUAUACUAAACAGAACAAAACAGCUGGACGGGAACAAAUCAAGUUGCUUCAAGCAGCCGUCAAUGGGGAUGAAACGUACACGAAUUCUAGACCUUUGCAACAACUAAAUAAUCGCUCAGUGCUACUCUACGUACCUAAAGAUCGCGAAGGAUACUGAAGCAAGAAGUUGACAUUUAAUUUGACCAUGCAAAACAUAAGCAUAAAAUAAAAAUUGCUUCGCAACUCCAUUAAUAAUAAUAAUAAUAAUAAAAUGUUAUGUAUGCUAACAAGAAUAAUUAAUUAAAUAAUUAUUGUACUAACUUUUGUCUAAACCAUGUAUAUA